GGCCAUAUCAAGUCUCAGACUUGGAUGACUUCUUGGAAUGGGCAAAUGACAAUGAAGUGAUCAGGACAAGCAGAUUAAGGCAUUUCACCUCACGAGAAGAUGCCCUGACUUACCUCAAGGAAGUGGCAAUACCAGAUCCAUGGUACAAAGCUGUGUACCUGGAAGGCCUUCCGGUGGGGUUCGUGUUGUUCAGACAAAUUGGUUCCGGAAGCGCGAGAUGCAGAGGAACUGUAAGUGUUGCCUUGGGUAGGAAAUAUUGGGGCAAAGGGAUUAUCACGACGGCACUGAAUAUGCUUGUUUCGGCAGUGCUUGAAGAGUUCCCGGAUGUGGAGAGAGUGGAAGCUUUUACUCUUGUGGAUAAUAAGGCCAUGCAGAGAGUACUGGCGAAGUUGGGGUUCCAAAAAGAAGGGAAGCUUAGGAAAUAUCUUGUCAUCGAUGGGAAGGUUUCUGAUGUUUUCAUGUAUAGUCUGUUGAGGUCUGAAUAUCUCCCACUCUCGUCAUCAUCAACUGUGUCCAAUGUCCCAUUACUGGAGCUUGAAGGCGAUAGCUAGCAUGCCAAUUUUAGUUAGCAUACUAGGUUUGAGGGACAAUUGAUACCCUUCAUAGAUGGAUUUUGGUUGUCCUCAAUUUGAAGGUGCUAAAUUCUAUUAUUUCACUGAUCUUGUGUGUUUUGGACUAUAUUGAUGUUAGUGUGAUCUAAUGUCUUAGCUUCGAGUUUAUUUUGUUAUGCACACUAGAUGUUUGAUUAAAUGCCAAUAGGUGGGAUGUUGGUUUUGUUUUUUAAAUGUAUUGUGGGUGCUUAGGAUGAGAUGUCAAUUGUAUUUUAAGAAUGUGAUUUUGGGUUUGUUUCGUUAUGAUCAGUAAUAAAGUAAACAUUUCUUU